GCCUUCCCAGGCGCACUCCUCUGAUGCAGUCUGGUCCAGAGCACCACCACCACCACCACCACCGAGCUAUUGUGUGAAAAGAGAUAUAUACACCAGCCAAGAUGUCUUAUAAAACUACACAGUCUUCUUACAAGAAGAUGUUCGGCGGAGAGAGAGUGACGUCUCGGAGCAGCUACUCCAGCAACCGUCAGUACUCCAGCCCGGUGCGCACCUCCUCCCGGGUGUCCUACGGGCUCUCCUCCGCUCCACCGAGCCUCUACGCGGUGAAGUCGACCCAGCAGCGGCUCCGGAGCAGCGCCGCCAUGCCCCGGCUGUCCUCCGACAACCUGGACUUCUCCCUGGCCGACGCCGUCAACAGCGAGUUCAUCUCGAACCGCACCAACGAGAAGGCGCAGAUGCAGUCCUUGAACGACCGCUUCGCCAACUACAUCGACAAGGUGCGCUUCCUGGAGCAGCAGAACAAGAUCCUGCUGGCGGAGCUGGAGCAGCUGAGGGGCAAAGGCACGUCCAGGGUCGGAGACCUGUACGAGGACGAGAUGCGGGAGCUGCGGCGCCAGGUGGACCAGCUCACCAACGAGAAGGCCCGGGUCGAGGUGUACCGGGACAACCUGGCCGACGACAUCGAGAGGCUGAGAGAGAAGUUGCAGGAUGAGAUGUCUCAGCGGGAGGAGGCUGAGAGCACCAUGCAGAGCUUCAGACAGGAUGUGGACAAUGCUGCCCUCGCCAGAUUGGACCUGGAACGGAAGGUUGAAUCACUCCAGGACGAAAUCAACUUCCUCAAGAAGCUGCAUGAUGAGGAAAUGCUGGAGAUGCAGAGCCAGAUCCAGCAGCAGCAGCAUGUGCAGGUGGACAUGGAGAUGGCUAAACCCGACCUGACAGCUGCUCUGAGGGACGUCCGUCUGCAGUACGAGAACCUGGCCUCCAAAAACCUCCAGGACUCUGAGGAGUGGUACAAAUCCAAGUUUGCUGACCUCACCGAGGCUGCAGCCAGGAAUAACGAUGCUCUGAGAAUGGCCAAGCAAGAGGCCAACGACUACAGACGCCAAGUUCAGUCACUUACUUGCGAGGUGGAUGCCCUUAAAGGAACUAAUGAGUCCUUGGACCGCCAGAUGAGAGAGGUGGAGGAGAACUUCUCCCUGGAGACAGGCGGUUACCAGGACACCAUCGGCCGCCUGGAGGAGGACAUUCACAACAUGAAGGACGAUAUGGCCCGCCACCUCCGCGAGUACCAGGACCUCCUAAAUGUCAAGAUGGCCCUGGACAUUGAGAUCGCCACUUACAGGAAGCUGCUGGAAGGAGAGGAGAGCAGAAUCACCACCCCAAUGCCAAACUUCUCAUCUCUAAACAUGAGAGAAACAAUGAUGGAUUCCAAACCUCAUUUUGAAGCUACAACAACUAAGAAGGUCCUCAUCAAGACAAUUGAGACCAGGGAUGGUCAGGUGAUCAACGAGUCAACCCAGAACCACGAUGACAUGGAGUAAUAAUGUCUCUGUCUUUGCCAAACAAUCAACAAAAAGCAAUGCGAAGAAACACAUUUCACUGGGGCUGGCUACAAGCAAGCAAACAAACAACACAAAAAGCAAACAGCUCGGAAAAGUGCCUUUAUAUGUGAUGAUCCAGUAAGCCUGUUAGUUGACACAGACUGUAUUCUGCUUCCUCCUCUACUGAAAGUAUUCUCUUUUGUCACAUUUUGUUUAGACACAAUAAUGAAAUCAGCACAACAUAGAAAUCCUUAUUGAGGUCUACAAAAAUCUUUCUUUGUAACCAAAGUAGUAUUUUUGAUCAAUACAGCAUGCACACUCCAGGAAAUCUGUAUGCUAAAGAUGUCACAAUUUGCCUGUACGCAGCAAUAAACCAGUAAGGCCGUAACUCAG